UUCAAUCUGCCGUGCGAAAGGAGCAGCUGGGGAGGGAGACUACUUGACUUGAGGAGCGUCACAGCUGAGCCAGUCAGACCACUUUCUAGCCUGACAGCCGCAGAAAGUUGCUCGGAAGACACACAAUCUAGGUCGCCUUGACACAUCUGCAGUUCCGCGAAACACGGACGAUUUUCUCAGAAGAUUGCUACAUCGCUAUUCCGCCGCUUUCAAGAACCCUCCAUAUACGGCUGCUAGCCCAGGUUCGAGAGGCGCGGCCUUCUAGUUUGCCCUCUCUUGACCAAUCCCCGUCAACACCGAAGUUGAGGUCGCUUGCCUGCGUCGCGCAAUGUCGACCGGCGAUCCCGAGGGUCCGGCGGGGGAGUUCAGCGUGCGGAAGGACGCGGCAGGCGCGGCGGCGAGGCCGCGAUCCAUGCCGUUCAACCGCAACAACAACCUGCUCGAGGCCAAGUCGGACUCGGAGCUGUCGCAGGUGUUAGUGGAAGCCAAGAAGACAAAGCGGCCAGUCGUCGUGACGUAUGGCGCCAGCUGGUGCCACGCGUGCAGCAAGAUGCUGCCCACCUUUUUCAACCUGAGCAACGAGUACUCGCGGCCCAUCUUUGUGUACGCUGACGUGGACAAGUGCUCGCAGAUGGCGGAGGACGUGCGCUACACGCCCACCUUCCGCUUCUUCCGCGAGGGCAGCAAGGUCGACGAGUUCUACGGCGCUGGCCCGCAGAGGCUCAGAGACAGAGUGUGGCUGCAGUCGUGAGAGAGGGGCGUUCGUGACCCAGGACUGCCAGAGGGGGUACUGUGAUUGCCGUCUAGUUUAGGGUUCUUCCGCUUCUUCCGCGAGGGCAGCCAAGUGGGCGAGUUUUAUGGCGCAGGUCUGCAGAGGCUCCGGGAUGGAGUGUGGCUGCAAUCAUGAAAGGGGGACGCCGUGCGAGGCAGGACUGCCAGAUGGUGCAUUGUGAAUACCUGCUGCUGAGCAUUGCGGUCUACUGUGGGGGGGGGAGGAGGGGGAGGGGAUGAGGAAGGGGAAAUGGCAAGGUAUGGACGACGUGGCACUGCAGAUCCGCUGACGCAGGCUGACUUUCAACGCGCAGUCUCGCCGUGAUUUCGCGGCUGGUGAGGGGAAGGGAGGGAAUGAUCUUCACCAUCUGUUAGGCUCUGUGUCGGUGGCGGCGUGGCUUCAUCACUUUCAUUGCUAAAAGAAGCUGGUUUUGCCUGCUCUCUCCGCACAUUUGGAAAGCAGCUCGGUACGGGUACGUUGUGCAGGCAUAGGCAACCAUGUCACUUUAGGGUAAUCGAUGCCUAGUACUAGAUAGCUAACCAUGAACUACGCAUUCCACACCACACUCAGCUUUUUUUUACUCUUAAGCGAGCAUGCCUUUGCCUAUUUGUUGUAGCUAUGGAUAAAAUAACGAACUUGGA